CAUUCAUUUUUAUCGGACCAAGUUUCCUGCACAAUUCGUUGACCAAUAACAACUGAGACCUGUGUUUAGAGGCAAAAUCUGUUUUACUGUGUAUGUACGAGAGAGAGAGUGUGUGUAAGCCCUAAUAGUCAAUCGAUCAGAAUACCACCCGAGAUGAUCUAAAUCGAACAAAUCUCAGCAGCUCCGGCGACGCUAACAACAGGUACUUGUCUCUCAUCCCUCUCCGUGGACCGUCGUCGUAUAUCCCCCUCUCUCCGCUCUUCCUGUUCGUGGUUAUCUCACCGAACACAUUAGUUUUGGGGUCUAGUAAGUACGAGUAUCCCACAUUCAGUGCCAGCUCCUUUGGCAUUUUGUUGUUGGCCUGAAGCGGUGGCUUUCUAGGCUUCUGCUUGGCCGACCCUGCAGAGGAUAAUCAAGAAAUGGUAAAAGUCACAGAUGAACACGAUGGUGUUAGCAACGAUAUCGCGGUGGAGGACACGGAGGUGGAGAAGGAUGAAAGCACCUAUCUUGGCGACAAGGAUUCCACUCACUCCACCGACAGACUAGCUGGAAAUAAGGAGUCUCUGCAAUCUGAUUAUGCAAACGUUGGGAACAAGGAAUGCGUUCUCCCUCACCAUAUCCAAAACCCUAUUGCAACUGCAAGGUUGCAUCCAGAAGAUGACCUUGAGCACCCUGAUGUUAGGAGUCUUGAAUUGCCUAAAGAAGGUAGCUCGCUUGAAGAAAAAAGUCUUAUUGAACCUUCUGCUGUUGAUCCUGCCAAUAAUGCCAGCCCAAAUGAGCCUCAGGACAGAAAUGAAAAAUUCGAGGACAUGCACCUGGAUCCCCCGAUUCAGUCAGACUCUAUCAGGCUUGUUGAGAUGUCUGUGAAAACUCAAGCUGACGAUGAAAUAGGGAAGGAACUGAAGAGAGGGUUGACUGUGAUGGAGUUGGAUGAGGGCAUUGCAGCAAAGGAAGAUGAAUUGAACUAUGGUGAAAUGAGGGCAGAGUUUCUACCAGAACAUGAAACAAAGGACCACGAAUCAAACAGUGAGGAAUUGAAUGUUGGGGUGACUGACUUGGAAUUACCUCAGAAUACGGGUACAAAGGAGGAGGAAUUGGAUGACGUGAUGACUGGAACAGAGUUAACACCCGAUAAUGGAAUUGAAGAGGAAUCAAAUGGCGCGGUGAUGGGGAAAGAGGUGCUAGUGGACAGCAAAAUAAAAAAUGAAUCUCGUAAGGAUGAAUUGGAUGUAGGAGUUGCAAUUGAGGACAAGAGCUCGAACAGGUCGUUCCUCUUGGAAUCUAAUGAUAUGGCUGAUGAGUGGGGAACAGAGGAGGAGCAAGCAGCAUUCAUGAGGGAGUUGGAAACCUUCCACAAAGAGAGGUUUCUGGAAUUCAAACCCCCAAGAUUUUAUGGAGAACCACUAAAUUGCCUCAAGUUAUGGAGAGCUGUCAUCAGACUUGGCGGCUAUGAACAGGUAACGUCGUGCAAGUAUUGGCGGCAAGUCGGAGAAUCAUUCAAGCCCCCGAAGACAUGUACAACUGUCUCAUGGACCUUUCGAUGUUUCUAUGAAAAGGCUUUACUGGAAUAUGAAAAGCAUAAAAUGCGUAGUGGCGAGCUCCCUUUCACUGAUGCUUCUUUUACCGAGCCUGCAAGUGCUGGGAAUCUGCAGCCGGGCAUGCAUCAAGCUUCAGGACCAGGUAGGGCAAGAAGAGAUGCUGCGGCUCGUGCUAUGCAGGGUUGGCACUCUCAGCGUCUUCUUGGGAAUGGCGAGGUUGGGGACCCACUUAUAAAGGACAAAAACUCAACUUCUACUCCCAGACGUGAAAAAUACCUUAAAAGCAUUGGUUUGCUAAAGCGGAAAAGGCCAUCCCCGGUUGAACGAGCUGUCAAAGCUGGGCGUCUGAAAGCAUCAAAGUCACAGUCUGACACCAUGGUUGUUGAUAUUGGCCCCUCUGCUGAUUGGGUAAAGAUCAAUGUGCAGAGAACUAAAGACUGCUAUGAGGUAUACGCUUUGGUUCCUGGGCUUUUGCGCGAGGAGGUGCGAGUCCAGUCUGAUCCAGCGGGGCGCUUGGUUAUAUCUGGUCAACCAGAGCAGUUAGACAAUCCUUGGGGUGUCACACCAUUCAAAAAGGUUGUGAGCCUACCUUCCAGGAUCGAUCCUCAUCAGACCUCUGCUGUGGUCACCCUACAUGGCCAGCUGUUUGUGCGAGUACCAUUCGAGCAGUCAGAUCUGCAGUAGUAGGGAUGAUUAUACUUCAUGGGAGUGGUUUGCUCUGACCACCUUUGCACAUAGACUCGGACUUUUUUGGAGGAAAUAUAGGGCAUUAAAUUCAGCUUUUGGAUGCAAGUUUUUUCUUAGGCAACUCAUUCAAAGUAUAACAAUGUUGCUAUCUUAUCCAGUUGGAUAAGUGCUUUCUCUUUUUAGGGCGCCUUUGUUAUUAUUAGUGAGAGAUGAGAAUUGCGAUUGUUUAAUCAUGGUCUUAAUGCAGUUAGGAACCCCUGCAAAAGCUUGCAUUACUGUAUAGAACUAACGGCUACUAAUUUUUUCCCAGGCAGAAUUUUAUUGAUCUCUCUUCCAAUUCUA